AUGAGUCAGUGCGAAGCCGGACAUAAUAGACUAUUACACGGAGUAAGCGCGGCCGCAUCCGCGAACGGUAAUAGUGUCCCGGCGGCACCUGCAGUACUCAAUGUUAGGCUGCCGCAGACGUGUCUCAAAGUCAUUCCUGAAGAGGUGUCGGAACCGUUAGGUACCGUCCAAACCCUCGCGCUAUUUGACGAAGGCGAGGCAAUGGCUUUGACGAUACACGAAACUGCGGACAGCAUCGCACCUGCGGUACAAUUUGUUGGGCACGCAAAGCCUAAUACCGCGGAAGACGAGGCCUUACAACUUGCGAAACGACAUUCUGAGACAGAAUCAUUAGGCGUUUCGCAGAAGAAUGCUUGUACAUUUGUUGAUAACAGGUCGUCUAACGAAAAACCCCAAGCUGAUCCAGCAGCGUCCAUCGCUAAUGGUGAAGCCACACAGGCGAGACAAGCUGUUCCAGUGACAGUGCGUCAGACCGAAACCCCGGCCUGUCCGCAACCCAGUUCAUCUGGGGAGCAGACCGGCCCAAACCCCUUCCAGGACUGGCAGGUAGUGGACCGAAGGUCCAAGAAGCGACCCCCUGCUGGGAAGCCUCACCCUGCCAGACCUGUGAAUUCUUCUUCCUCUAACCCACCCCCCCCUGUUAAAUGUCAAGGUGGGGUGGCUAAGAAGAAGAAGAAAAACAAGAACCAGAGGCGUGCAGCUCGUCUAGCGCGAGAGCAGCAACUGGACAACACACCAACACCGACACACUCUGCAACCGGUGUGGGUGUGCAGGCUUCCCAGAAGCCGGCACCCAAACCGGCGCCGAACAAGCAGGUUGCUGCUGCCAGGCCUCCGCCGAAGGGAAAAGGUUCCACCCUACCCCCUAAGGCUGGAACGUCGGGCGACAGCCCUACGGGUUCGGCCGCAGAUCCCUCCAAACGACGACCUGGUAAGCUCGCACGAGCCGCUGCUAAAAGGAUGCGAGAUGAGUCCUUCUCCCCGCAAGGAGACAACAAAAAGCAGCGACUAGUGAGCCCAAGCCAACCGUUGUCGUACGCACAAGCAGCGGCAUCUGACCUGACGAUCGUCAUUACUGACGCGAAGUCGGGGAAGAUCACCGCUGACCACUCCAACGCCAUCCUCCGCGGGUUGCACCAAGCAAUCGUGGAGGAGGCGAGGAGAAACCUCGUAGGAGCCAGGCCACCCAAAUUCAAGGGCAAGCCCAUCUUCGCUGAGGGGCAGCUGAGGGUCUUCGCAGAAGACGAAUACUCGGCCGCCUGGUCUCAGCGAUGUGUCCAGGCCCUAACCCUGCCAGACAUCUCCCUUAAGGCGGUUCGCCAGUCGGAGAUGGCAAGGAGAAUUAAGUGCGGGCUCCUAAUACCCAACAUCAACAACUCGUCCUGGGAAGACGUCCGUCAGGCAGCUGACGGACUAAGGUACCAGAACGAAUGGGCCAAGGUCGGGUCUUGGUCCAUUAUACAAAUACUACGGCAAGACCAGGGGUGGUUUGUCGAGUUCACAAUCCCCGAAGACCUCGUCCCCGCCUUCAUGGAGAGGGGGAGAUCCCUGAACUGUGGGGUGGGCAAUGUCUACCUCAGGUUCAGGGGUCCCGGAGGCAAAUACCUGGACCAACCUCCCACCCUGCAAGGUUCCACCCUAAGGGUAACGGGAGUACAGGUCCCCAACGAACAGGCCGCGGGCACCUCCGAGCAGAGCAAGUCUGUCUCCGGGGAGAAAGUUGCCCCCCUGCCUCUACCCAAGCCGACGAUACCCGAACUCUCGGAGGAUGAGCUCCUUGGCACUGGUGAGGGACCAGCCGGGUCAUCAUCCGAGGGUGAGGACUUGUCGGCUUGGAUAGUGUCGGGGUUGGCCGACAUGUUCAAGGAGGGAGGGGAGAUGCAAGAUGCCGCCCCCACCACCGACAACAUGGACACCAACUAGUGUCAUCCAAGCAAACCUCCAGCACAGCGUGGCCGCUACGGCCCAACUCAGACGCUGUCUGGUAGGUUUGCCAACAGCCGUUGCCCUCCUACAAGAACCAUGGACGGGCAAUGGAUACAUACGCGGGCUGUCCGACACGAAAGGUAAGCUCUACUACUCCACGGUACAUGCCGUCCCUAGGGCAUGUAUCCUAACUACUAACAAUAUUAUUGCACAACCGCUCACUGAAUUCUGUUCCAGAGACCUGUGUGCGAUUAAACUACAAGUUCCACUGCCAACAGGCUGUCGCGACCUAGUCCUCGCCUCGGCGUACAUGCCCGGAGAGGACGAGCCACCGCCUGCCGAACUACAACGACUGGUCAGCCACUGCGAGAGAUCAGGCCUCGCAAUAAUCAUCGGGGCCGACUCCAACGCACACCACCCACUGUGGGGAAUGGAGACCAGCAACAACAGAGGUAAGACACUUGUUGAAUAUCUUGUGACUACUAAUCUAAACAUUCUAAAUAUAGGCGCUGAACCAACAUUUGUAAACAAACGAUGCAGGACGAUUAUCGACCUGACUCUGGCUUCGGAGGAGGUCAGUGAACUAAUUAUGGGAUGGCAAGUCUCCCAGGAGGCCUCCUGCUCAGACCAUAGAUGGAUUCGCUUCAAUCUACUAGCAUCUA